AUAUUGAUAAAUAAUUAAAAGUUGCAAGUCAGAAUUAUCUGAUCACUGGAUUUACACCUAAUUUAUAUUUAAGCGCACGUCGGUAACUGAUAGGGUCAAUACUAUUCUACCGUCUGUUGGCUAUACGUGGUGGACAGUAGCCCAAUUUUUUAUUUAUAAUUAACGAAAAAAAUAUACCAAUUCGAAAAUAUUGUUUCGCUAAUUAAGACGUUGUAAAUAGCUCGCAAUUUUAGUUUGUGAUAUAUUAAAUCUGAGUUUAUUUAUAAAAAUGACUUUCAUGGCCCCAGCUAAUCUCACCAAGAAGAGUACGUACGAAGAUGCCUUGGAUCUAACAGGUUUCGGCAAAUACAACGCUGGCAUGCUGAUAGCUUGCUGCCUGCUCAUCCUGUCUAUGAACCUGGACAUGUUCGGAUUCUCCGUGGUGCUGCCUGCCAUGGCUUGUGACAUGUCCCUCGAUACCUCACAACAGGGUCUAUUGUCUGCUAUACCCCUCAUAGGUAUGAUUGUAUCAUCCUAUGGUUGGGGUUUAUGUUCCGACACACAAGGUCGGCGAAAAACAUUGCUCAUAGCAAUGCCAGUUGCCUUGAUUCUCAGCUUAGCAACUACAAUGGCGCCUACCUUCGCGCUAAUAGCAACCUUCAAGUUUUUGUCUGUUUCAUUUUCAGCGGCAGCUAACGCGGCAGCGUUUGUCCUAUUAGCUGAGAGUGUACCGAGCAGACAUCGCAGUCGAUUUGUAUUCCUCAUGGCCAGCGCCACGAUGGUGGAACAACUGCUUAUUUGCUCCUUCGCUUUACCGAUAUUUACGCUGACUUUCGGCUACGAGAUCUCCUGGUUAGGUUUGGUGUACACUCCAUGGCGGAUGCUGUUGCAAAUUGUCUGUGUUCCCUGCGCGUUGGGGACCAUUUUCAUGAUAUUUCUGCAAGAAAGCCCCAAAUAUCUGCUUAGUAGAGGCAGAGAUCAGGAGGCCUUAGACGUUUUGAAGACUAUUUAUAAGUACAACUCUGGCCAAAAUGAGGAAGAUUAUCCUGUAAAGAACGUGUACCUCAAUGAAACCACAGCAGACAAUUCAGCUGAAAUUUCCAUAUUGAAAAAGAUUUGGAACCAAACUGCCCCACUUUUCAAGCCUCCGCUAUUGAAAAAUUCUGCCAUUCUUUUCUAUUUACUACUGUCCGCAUUUAGCACAUCAACUGGUUUCACUAUGUGGGUGCCAACUAUGACCAACGAGUUUUUCACUGACGAUGAGAGCCACCACGGUCGCACCUUCUGUGAAGUUGCUAGUCAAAGUGCUACAACUGGAUCCGAUAACGGCACUGAAAUCGAAGACUGCUCUAAUAGUAUCCAAAACGGUGCCCUUUACGCUACAAUGGUGUACUCGGGAGUUUCAACAAUGUUGAUGAUCACUCUUUCCUUUAUCGUGGGGGUCGUGGGCAAGAAAAUCAUCACACUGGCCGUCUUCGUCAUGUCUUUCACCGCCGGAACUCUGCUGCUAUUCGUAAAAGUUCCAAUGUUGAGCAUAGCAUUGUUCUUCAUGUUCUUAUACGUUGCUCAAGUAUUGGGCAAUAUCAACACUUAUUUGGUUGAGCUGAACCCUACACAUUUGAGGAGUAUGGCGACAUGUCUGUCGGUGGUCGUGGCUCGUGGUUCAGGAUUUUUCAGCGUGCAAAUCAUCGCCCGUCUACUUGGAGAAUAUUGCACACCAAUGAUGAGUGGAUACAUUGUCUUAGUCAUGUCUGGAUUCGUUGUUGCAACGUUUUUACCGUCGGAAUCCCAAUUGAAAAUCAUAAGCCAAGGCGAACCAAACCGUACAGUAGAUGUUGAAAGCCCUAAAGAUUAAGUUUUAAAAUUAUAUAAGUAGGUACUGUUCGUUUAGUCAUUCCCGCUUUAGGGAUUAGUGUAGAGGUUAACUUUGUUUGAAUGUUAAAUGAACAUUCUUUAUUAGACUCACUAUCGGACCGUUUUAGGCUUCCAAACACAUAUUUAUAUUGUAAGUAAUAUAGAAUAGUCUAAAGUCGAAGUCGACGCAUUGAUUGUAUUGAUAAAGAUUGUUUGGCAAUCGUUUUACAAUAUGUGAUAAAAAAUAAUAAAAUUUUAAGAUUAUGUAAAGAGAGCUGACGAUGUUGUAAAUAUAUAU